UUCUGCAUAGAAAAGUUUUAACAUGGAUUUAUCUUAUAACAUAAAUGUCCUUCAUAUAACUAUGCUAGCAAGAAAUCUACUGCAGGGAGUUAUCGCAUCAUAGAUUUAUCAGUAGGUACGCUUGUAACCAUGGACGGUAUGAAUCACUUGUUCUGACUGUACGUUGAAGCCUGAAUAUUUCGCCAAACCUAUUUGUUUACAUAUAUUAUUGUGGUCCCAAUAAGAAAAUAGACCUCGGAAAUUACCGCCACUACCGAACAUUUAUGAACUGUGCAUGCACACAGAAGAGUGGGAGAACAUUUAACACAUAAAACAUCCAGAGUGGGAGUGAAUUCCGACGACAUCCGAAGUCCAAUCUCUUGUUGGUUGGCAAACUUAGCCAGGAAAGAAGGUACCUGUAUUGCAUAUAAACCUACAAUAAAUUCAACAUUCAGAUCCUACAAGGCGGAGACUGAAAGAGAAUAUGAUGAAGAAUUAAAGGAUUCAUUCGGCAGAAAAGGCAGGAAGUAUGGAGCACUAAGAAACGGUAAAGUAAAUGAGCCGUGGUUCAGUGGCAGAAAUUUAAACAGAGGUGAAAUAACACUAAUUAACAAGAUAAAGGCAGACAACACGUGUACGCGUGACAAUCUUUUCCGCAAAAAAUUGAUAGAAAUUGAUGAGUGUCCCUGCGGAACCGGAAUACAGGAUCUUAACCAUCUGUUCUGGAACUGUCCGCUGAACGUAGAAAACACUAGAGAAUUAGAAGAAUUUCUCCACAGAAAGAAAAUUUUCCCUCCACAUGAGAUAAGGAGUCUUGCUUUCACAAAUGACAUUGAAAUUUUAAAACAAAUAGCGGAAUUUGCCAGAAAUACUGAAGAUACAUGUGAUCUAAUGCACAGAAAAUACCUUGGCAAUUUACUAGCUGAGGAUAACUAAAACUAUAUUACCAACUCUCAGGAAUGGUCAACUUGUAUUUCUAAACCAUAGAUGGCCACCGGUUUUCAUACGAGGCCAGCCUACAAAGGCAUAAAUAAUAAAAAAAAAAAAAAAAAUCUCUUGUUGGGAUGACAAUACCUACAGAUAUGAUAGUUGAACUCCAUGAACUUACACACUUUAUACAUAUAACAGAAAUUAUAAAACAGAACAAAAGAAAGUUUAAAGAAAAGAUAUUAAUACUUUUUAAUUAACAUAUUGAAAAAUGUCUAUGAAUACCUUUAAUUUUUUCCGUUCCCCUGGGAGCGUCACUAAAAACGAAUUAAAUAAACUGAAUGUUCUAAUGGUGAUGUUACAUCCAACCAAAGCAUCGUCAAUCUUUACCUCGAAAUCAUUCACGUCGGCUGGUGUGAAAUCUAAAGGAUUGUCCAUUCGGUCUCAAUCUGAUUUAAAUAUUGGUGUCACACAAUCAGUUAAAUCGUCUCUGAAAGCUGGUAAUGCUAAAAAAAAUCUACUUACUCCUCACCAAGACAAAGUGUCCAAGAUAUUUGUAUUGCCUUCAUCAGUCUAAAAAAAAAUGUCAAGCGCAUGGUAAAUUUUUUAAUGGUAAAUAUACGCCAACUAUAAAAGAUCAUACAUGCGAUAAAACUGAGAGUGAAAUAAUGAAGGAAAUAGAAAUGAUUGAUGUAUCUGAAGAAGUCAAAUCUAAAGAAAGAAAAAUGGCAGCACGUCUACCAAAAGCAAUAGCUAUUGACAUGGUGUUCAAGUACAUUGACAAUUUCACAGAAAAAUCAUUUCCAGCAUGGUCAUCAGAAAUAUGGAAGAAAAUGAGUAAAAACUCUGGUGGAGUAUGGACUAGUCAAUCGUUCUAUAUAAAUGUACGUGAAGAUAGACGUGGGAUAUUGACUGAAGCGAGAAAAAAAGCUGGUUUACCACCACUGCCUUCUAAAAAAAAAAAUCAAAAAACGAGUUCACUCCGAUGACAGCACUGAUGAUGACGAUGACUGGGUAUAUGGUCCUGAUUCUGAUAAAGGAGAAUCAUGGUUUAAUUUGGUAUUAACUAAUAAACAGUGGGUUGAAAUAAAGCCACCAGAUGGUCUUGGUAGAAAAAAAAUACCAUUGAGAAAGAACGUAUGGACAAAUAUUAUCGCUGAUGCGUUUUGGGAUCAGUACAGAUUACCAUGUGCUUAUGUAUUUAAAUAUGGGCAUGUGUAUGGUCCAAGUUCAAAAUAUUAUAUUAUUAUUAAUGGUAGAUGUAGGAGUAAAAAAUGUGGGAACAAACUUUAUGCUGUUACUGAUUUAGAACCCGAACCAAAUGAACCACUACGUCUACGAGUCAGAACGAGAAAUACAAUGAUCGAAGAACAUGAGGAAGUCAGACGUCCGAUUAAUGGAGAACGGAGACGUCAGUUGGCUGAAGCUGCUGCAAUAGAAAUCAUCCAGAAUCCACAAAAACGUUCAGAAGUUUCUGUUGAUCUUAAAAAAUGCUCGUUGGUGCCUGAUACUCAACGCAUACUUGAAGCUAAGAAAGCUUUUGCCGAAAAAGUUUUGGAUCGUGAAACUGAAUCUAAUUUAAAUUUUACUAAUAACAAUGAUGAUAAUAAUACUGAUAAUGAUAAUAUUGAAACAGAGUCUGUGAUUAAUGACUCUAUGGAAGUUGAUGAUAAUGCAGAUGCUCCAUUUUUUAUUUUAUUCAGUACACCUGAACAAAGUCAAUUUUAUCGCGAGUACUGUAAUUUAAAUAACGUACAGGCGAUUGGUAUCGACAAAACAGGGAAUCUUAUACCAUUUGUAUAACAUUAAAAAAUUGUAGAUAUAAAUAAAAAUAUAUGUAUUUUUUUAUAGUUUACUUAAGGCAAGAUAAAAUUUUAUUUUAGUUUAGAAAAUGAGUUUAUUUAGAUAUUAUUAUUAUUAAAAAAUGAAUAAUUAUCUUUCGUUGAACAAUUUACUUACUUUAAAAUAAUCAAGUACCAAAAAUUUAUACUUUAUUAUUAUUAUUCAUUUUAAUACUUUUAUAGAGCCGCUACUGGUCUCUUCCGAUUCCCAUCAAUGAUAACUUCAAAGUUCUAUCAUUUCAAUAUAAAUAUAUAAAUAAUAAUUACAUGAAUAUAUACUUUUUUAUAUUUAUAAAUUUCAUAAAUUAAAUUUCCAAGAUGAAUUCAUUGAGUCGUCACGUAUCUAAUCGUCUAUCCUCUAGUAUCGUAAUAACGAGGUUACAAUCAUCAGUAGCCGGUGGAGCAACAAAUUCUCCAGUGAACAUCGAGAUUCCCCUUUACAAAGAACGUGGGUCCACAGACAUGCUACGAGCUCUCGAACGGACAAUAAAACGUGACCCAACAGCCCCACGUUACAAAUAUCACGAUGAUCCAUAUUUAAUUCCACUAUCAAAUAUGUGAAAACGUUCAUUCGCUUUAGCCCAAGAAGCCGGACGUAAAGCUGCCAUGUGGAUUCGUCAACAACACGCGAAUUUAUUCCAACACCGGGUCGCUGAUCCUGUCAUUGAAUUGUCCCUGCCAAAAACGGAGUAUAAGAGUAAUGAUCAAGUGUCAGAAGACAUUCUCAAGACUGUCAUUGAAGAUGGCAACGUAGCUGAUGCUCUAACAAUUUAUCAAUUACUCGAAGAACAAGUUUCCGCUGAAACAAAAUUAGAGUUACUGCAAUUAUUGUGUUAUUACAAUAACGAUGAGCCUCUGCCUGAAGAAUUUAUGGAGCAAAAAUGGUUUAGAAACGAUCAGGGGCAGCCUUCAUGGAAGCCCUGCUCCACUACUGACAGCCUCGUUGCUUUUUUAAAAGACCAAGGAGGACAAGUAACUGCUGAAGCCUUCAUUACUAUGAUUUGUGGGAACGCAAAAUAUAUGAACGUAGAUCGAGUUUGGAAAUUAUUCGAAGAAGCUGAGAGUAAAAAUAUCCCUCUGACUGUCGAAGCUUUUAAUUCAGUGAUUAAUCUGAUACCGGCCUUGAAAGAAGGGGGGAGAAAACAAAGAGAAUUAUUGAUUCAUUUAUUUAAUAAAAUGAAGACUCUGGAGAUCCAACCGAAUAUCGGUAUCUUCAAUAGCAGUUUGAAAUUUGCCAGCUCAGUUACUCAUCGAGAAACGGCUAAAGAAUUGUGCCGGUCGUUGUUUACUGAGUUCAAAGACAUUGGCAUCGCGCCGUCACUGGCCUCUUAUUAUUAUGCAUUGAAAACAUUUUAUCGAAAAGAUGACGGGCUGUGUAAUUUAUUACGUGAAACUCUUCAGGAAAUAAAUAACAAAGAAUUUACCGCUGAUGACAAAAAUGACACGGCUUUUUUUUUAAUUGCGAUGGGUGUUGCGGCAAACAAUUUAGAGGAUCUGGUAGUGAGCGAUAAAGUUCAUGAAUUAUUACUGACUGGUGAUAAUUACAAUUUUAUUGGAGACGGUUUCAAAGAAAAUAAUUAUUACAAGCAUUACUUUUUGCUGCAAGUCAAAAAUCAAUUGAUUGAUGUGUUCACGAAUGAUUACUAUGAUGAUUUUAUACAGGACAUUUAUACUCCAGAGCCGGUUGUUAUGGAAACUGUAGUGAAUGCCUUGGAGGCUAAUGAUCCUAAUAUGAGCAGAGAAUAUUUGUCAAGACUAUGGACGCAUAUGAUCACUGAUCAUUUGGAGAGAAAGAAUCUUGUCUCCAAAGCUUUGAAUUUGAUGCGGGUUCAUUGCAAACCGGAUAAAGAUUCACCUUUUAACAAAAUUUUUGCUGAUGCUGGUUUGACUGUUUGGGAUUUCGUCACGAUUCAACAAUCAAAAAGAAUUCGAAAAUUAAAUUGGGAUGGAACGAUUCUUGCAGACACAGCUAUCCUCACCAGAUGUUGAACAAGUUACCGAGAUACUAGACAGUUUAAUUACACUGUUUUGUCCCACCUGCUAUGGAUCUAAUACAGUAUUGUGCAGAAAAUGGGUUCCAAAAUACAGCAGCUAUGGCUAUAAAACUUCAGUCCAAUGUAUCGUUAACCAGAUGGGAUCAGGGUCGUUUGGAGAGUUUUGUUAAUUCCACAAUAGUAACAAAUCCCGAAAAAAUACCAGCAGUUUAAAUCUUUUUUACAUAAAUAUUUAAAGUGAAAACUUAAAUUUUAAUAUUGUUUUUUAAAAGUAUUAAAAAACUAUACUGUAUUAAUUAUUUUUAUUUAUUAUAAAUGGUAAAUAACUUUGACAUUUUAAGUGUUGACAUUUUUAUCAUAAAGUAUUGUUCACAAUUAAGUAUUGAAUGAAUUAUUACUUUUUUUUUAGUAAUGUCCAAAUGUUAUACUCUUUUGUCGGCAUUGCAGCUACUAGGAAAAAUCCUUUCUUCCCAAAAAACUCCAAGGCGUCCGUAAGUGAUACUGUAAUGAAAAUAAGUUAUGUAUUACUUUGUUGCACUUGUGCAGUUAAUGGAAACUUUGGCUGAGAUUUUCUCUUUAACAAGCGAAUACUAUAAAACAAUUAAAGCGCACUUCGCUAGAUUAGACACGAGUGUAGCAGCGUGCGGUCUACAUUUUGUAUUUAGAGAGUUUGUUUCCGAAAAAAACUCAGCCAAAAAGAUCUAAUAACACCUGUUGAAUAUCACCUGAUAUUCUACGUAA